UGGCAUGGCAACAUUGUGCUUCUCAUGGCGCCUGCCAUUCUAUCGUACGUGGAGGAAGGAAAACUGGCGCCGUAUUUGCCGACAGCGCGCGGUGUUUAGUUGCCGCGCAAUGAUAGCUUCAAACAAGCAGAGAAGUCCGAUAACCGAUUGACGCCCAUAUUUUUGUGACCUGUUCGCGAUCUGAAGGACAAAGUCAAGAGGGUUUCCACCACUGGCGUUACCAUCGAGUCAGGGAACCCUGUCGUCUUAAGACGGGAAAUCUGAUUGUCAAAGGCAAGCUGCUCUACUCUUUGAAGCUAGGACGACAAGGUGGCGUUGAGGCGGAUGCGCUGUGACACACCGCCUAGGAUGGAAGACGUCAAUGACCACGACAGCAGUGACGACGAUGCACCGGCCGACAUGGAUGACAUUGAAAUUGUGGAAGUGUACGACGAAGUCGCCAGUGACCUCAGUGAUGAGGAAGAAGAUGCUGGCCUGCCGGGUGAAGAGCCACCGCUUGAUAACGCCGCAGUCUCCUUCACUGCCCACCAGGGGUCGGCCUUUGUGUGCGCUGUGUCAGGUGACAGUCAGUACAUUGUGACGGGGGGCGAAGACGACCGUGGCUGCGUCUGGCAUCUGGACACAGGCGAAUUGGUGUUUGAGUGUGCCGGUCAUGCUGACUCGGUGACGGGUGCCGCCUUCAACCACGACUCGACACUGGUGGCCACAGCUGACAUGGGCGGUGCAGUGCGCGUCUGGUCUGUCGAGAGCCACCAGCAGCAGUGGGACUUUGAUGUUGGCACAGACCUCAACUGGAUUGAUUGGCACCACCAGGCUAAUGUUCUGCUUGCCGGAACGGUGGAUGGCACGGUCUGGAUGUGGCAGGUUCCCAGUGGCCAGUGCAAGAGCCUGGUGGGCCCAGGUGCUUCCUGUGGGGCAGGGCACUUCCUGUCAGAUGGGCGGCGGGCGGCGGUCGGCUAUGACGAUGGCUCAGUGCGUGUCUGGGACCUGAAAGGUGCGGUGGUGGUGCACACCCUGGUGGGACCCAGCCAGGCACAUCCGGGGGGCCCUGUCACGUGCCUGGACACGUCCGGUGACCUGGUGGCAUCGGCCGCUACGGAUGUGCGGCUUCUGCAUGCCAGCUCGGGGAGGCUGCUAGCUGCCCUUGCACUCACCACUGCUGCCGGUGACGAGGCUUCCACAGUGGAAGCUGUUUGUAUUGAUGGAGCACAGCGGACUCUGGCGGCUGGCUUGCUCUCUGGCCGGCUCUCGCUUUGGGACCUGGGUUCACAGGCCGAGCGCCAGAGCUGCAUCCACCCAGCAGGUGUGACGCGGGCCCUCUGGCAUGGACCGCACACAGUUGUCACAGGAUGUCUAGAUGGUGUAGUGCGCAGCUGGGACAUCCGUGCCCCGCAGGAACCAGCUCUGUGCUGGAGGGCACACCACCACGACAUUUUAGACCUAGCGCUGUCACCAGACAGGCAGUGCGUGGUGAGCGUGUCUGACGGUGGCAUCUGCACCGUGCACAAGUUUGCCUUGCCGGACUGAUUGCAUUCCCCUUGUGAUAAGCUUGGUGCGUUUUGCUUCGCAUUGAGUUUCCUGUAAAAAAAAAUGAAACUUCACUGUGCUGCCAUAUUUUUAUACAAGAUAGAUGCAGUGAAGGUUUCUUUCGGCUAACACACCGUCCUGUUUAGUUCCAUUUUGGAACUAAACUAGGCCAUGAACUGUUUUUGUAGCUUAUUAGGCUGCCUUCUCUGUGAGAGGGCUGCAAGUAUGAUAUUUAGUUUAUUGACGGACACUACAUUUGUUUGUAGAAAGUCAUAUCAGGCUAAAGAGUGCCUAUACAUUCUGAAACUUAUAAUACACUUGUGAAAAGAUCGGCGAAUAGUACUUAUAUAUGCCCGUUUAUAACGGGGUGUUUCGAAUAACUUGAACCAUUAAAAACGUUGCGGUGCAAAUUGUGAAUUCUUCUGUAAAGGCUUGAAUAGCAUUCUUUAAGCAAAAAUUAACCCAAAUCAAAUGUCACUUUCAGUAGUGUCUAUACCCUUAAAAUAAAUAAAACGUUUUUUAACAGAUGGUGACAUGACGUGGGGGGCUCAAAAGAAGAGCGGCUUCGCGUCAGUGAACAAGGUGACCUCUCACCUCCUGCGAUCUGCCUGUUGCAUUACGCUGCGAUUCCACCUUAGUGGACUCUGCGAGAAACAAAUAGUAAUGAAGCUGCAUUAAGUGGGCUGAAAUGUUUUUGUGCGUUCAUCAGUCCUUUUUGCAAUUUUCGUUUAGCGCCGCCGGAUGCUUCCUGGGCAGGACACUGAUAUCAACGACGACUCCGGCACGAUUGACAAUUGCAAGAGUCAUAGUGUGACUACGGGCCGUCGUGUAGCUAGGUCGACAAAGCCACUCGCCAUGCGAUAGGCUGCUGAAUGAAUACAUCGCACCAUUAUGCGAUUGCCACUACACCCGUGCUUGUAUAUAUAUAUUUAGUUGUGUUCAAUAUAAAUCCAAACAUGCUCCACAAGUUGAGAUGCUUGAGCACUUGCCAGAUGGCCACAUCAAGCUUGAGCCAGGGUCGGUCCCACUCAGCUGAUAUUAGCUGUAUCGUAACAGCCUACAAGUUUAUGCAUCUUCCACUGUUAGUCCUGCACUGAACAUAUGCAGUAGCACGAUAAAAACAUCAUAGCUCUUUAAAGGGGCGAUAAUGUAUGCUGGGUGUUUAUACUGCAUAUUGUGUAGGAUGUCCCACUUGUGCCAAAAUUUAAGAAUAUGCAACUGCCAUGUGGCUGGACAGAACCAUUGCUUGGAGCAAGUGAGGCUAUAUUUUUAUUUUUCCUAGUUACAUAAUUCGUUCUUAUUGAUAAAUGAACUUCUCAAAUAUAAUCAGAGCAAGAUUGUCAGUCAGAAAAUUGCAGGCCAUCGUCAAAAAUUCCUGGUCCAUCUUUCUGUUGCUCAAUAUGUGCUAGUACACAAAGUUUUUCCAAGUGUUAAAAAUGCCCACAAAACAAAAAAAAAUUCUGCGCUACCAGUCAGGCGUCACUUUUCCUGUGCUUUUGUGACCUUCUUUCAGGCUUGGAAAAAGCUUGUGUGGCACUUACAGAGCAACAGAAAGAUAAAUGGGGAAUCUUGCAUGAUGGCCUACAAUUUUCUGACUAACAGUAUUGCUCUGAUUAUAAUAUUUGAAAAGUUAAUUAAUAUUAACUAAUGCAGUUAGGCAAAAUAUAAAAAUAGUCUGACUUGCUCCAAGUGACGGCAAACAAUGUUACCUUAUUCCAGCCACGUGGCACUCCCAUAUUAUUAAACGUGGGUACAAGUUACAUGGGACACCCUCUAUAGUAAGUAUCAGAAUGGCACAUUUGUUUACAUUGGUAUGUGCAGUAAGAGCUCGUUAACACGUAGCUGGUGGGGAGCAUGGACAGUGACUGCGGAAGUAUUUUCGAGUUGGGGCUGACACAUGAGUAGCACGGGGAAGAAAACAGCAUCAUUCUUGUAUUGCUUCUUUUUAUUGAAAGAAAAAAAGGAAACACAUUGUGCUUCCUAUAUUUUAUUUGUAAAAAAAUGUACGAGAUAAUAUGCUCAUAUUAUUCAUAGAAUAUUUUGUUGCCGUGCGUCUCUUGCACUAUAGUACAUUUAGCCUACACAGCUACUGCAGCUAAUUGAUCUAUAAUACCGUAGCUUAUAUAAACACUAAUUAUGUGCAUGCUUCAUCUCGUAAUUUUAGAAGAUGUACACACACAAGAAAAACAAGAAACACCUGAAGCUGUAUUUUCAUUGAAUCGCAUUUAUUACUCUCCAGAUUGGCCCAUUUUUGUUUAUGAAAGUAUCGAAGCUGCAAGUUCUCUUUAAAAAUGCAUGCAAACAAAAAGUUAGCAAUCACUUUACCAUACGCAAGUGAGGAUGAAGCCUGCAUGCUCAUGAGACAUUAAAUUACUUGACAUUUUCA